UCAAAAUCCCUCGCGACCGUCACUGUUUUUGUAGACGUUCUUUUUGAUAAAAAUAUAAUCAAUUUGUAAAUUGGAAAAAAAACAAUCAAUUAAAGCAAGUGAUCGUUUCGUAUUUUUGUGAUCUCUUCGGUCUCGAAGCGGGAAAACCGUUAUAAUUCAGCCGGUAAGCUGGAACACGUGUACAGCAUCUAAGACUUCGAUCAAGGUCUCACGGUCGGAGGGAUUAUUCGUCUAUUUAAACUAUAAUGUGUAAUGGAUGCAAUUUACGUCUUAAAACAAAAUGAGUCAACGGCGUUUAUGACGUAGCAGCAUUAGUCUUCCAUGCAGCACCAAGACUGAUAUUGUGAUACAGGCCGCGACCGACCGACAAUAACCUGCACACGAAAAUAUAUGGACACGGACAACUUCUGUCGCUCUAUUGAACAAAAGUAGGGGUGGUCGAUGCCCCACGCGGCUCCCGUCUCCGCCAUGUCGGCCCCGCCGCGCCACCCACACUUUUAUACCGUUGAGGUCGGCGACACACGCUUCACCAUCCUCAAGCGCUACCAGAACCUCAAACCCAUCGGCUCCGGCGCCCAGGGUAUUGUAUGUGCCGCAUACGACACGGUGACGCAACAGAAUGUUGCCAUAAAGAAGUUGUCGCGUCCGUUUCAGAACGUGACGCACGCGAAAAGAGCUUACAGGGAGUUCAAACUUAUGAAACUUGUCAACCAUAAAAAUAUAAUCGGAUUGCUAAACGCGUUCACGCCGCAGAAAAGCCUCGAGGAAUUCCAAGACGUGUAUCUGGUUAUGGAGCUGAUGGACGCUAAUCUGUGCCAAGUGAUUCAGAUGGAUCUGGAUCACGAACGGAUGAGCUAUCUGCUGUACCAGAUGCUGUGCGGCAUCAAACACUUGCACCUCGCCGGAAUCAUUCAUCGGGAUCUGAAGCCGUCCAACAUAGUGGUGAAGAGCGACUGCACGCUGAAGAUCCUGGACUUCGGGCUGGCUCGCACCGCCGGGACCACCUUCAUGAUGACGCCCUACGUCGUCACGCGCUACUACCGCGCGCCGGAGGUGAUCUUGGGUAUGGGCUACACCGAGAAUGUGGACAUCUGGUCCGUGGGCUGCAUCAUGGGGGAGAUGAUCCGCGGCGGCGUGCUGUUCCCCGGCACCGACCACAUCGACCAGUGGAACAAGAUCAUCGAGCAACUGGGCACGCCGUCGGCCGCGUUCAUGUCCCGGCUGCAGCCCACGGUCCGCAACUACGUCGAGAACAGACCGCGCUACUCCGGGUACAGCUUCGAGCGGCUCUUCCCGGACAUACUGUUCCCCAGCGACAGCAACGAGCACAACCGACUCAAGGCGUCGCAGGCCCGCGACCUGUUGUCGCGCAUGCUGGUCAUCGACCCCGAGCGCCGCAUCUCAGUGGACGACGCCCUGCUGCACCCCUACAUCAACGUCUGGUACGACGAGGUCGAGGUCAACGCGCCCGCGCCGGCCUCAUACGACCACUCUGUGGACGAACGCGAGCACACCGUGGAGCAGUGGAAGCAGCUCAUCUACCAGGAGGUGGUCGAGUACUCCGCGCCGCCCCACCCCCCGCCCCCGCACCCCCCGCCCGCCGACCACGCGCAGCCCGCACUCACCACGUAGGCACCGCCCCCUCCCUCACGUAGCCAGGAAGGAACACUACUCACCCUCUGCGCAUAGGGUAUUGUACACCCAAAACCUUUUCCCUAUGUGAAAACGAUGUGAAUUUAUAAACCGUAACACAAAAUAGAGUGGUACAUUGUAUGAAUAACCCGUGAUUGUUUUUGGAGAUACUAUUUAACACAGUCCUCAUAAAGAUCCUUCGAGAAUGUCUGUAAUUAAAAAUCGGGAAAUAUACCUUUCAUAGAAUUGGUCGAAGUUAAAGAAUUUCCGAGAUCCCUCGAGGACAUGCGUUCCUGGCUGCGCUGGGCCACAGUCCACACCCCCCCAGCGUCCCCCGCGUCCCCCCGCUUGUUGUUUCAAAUCCGUUAUCGCCCCGUUACGUAGUUUCUUCCCGUUCUUAUGACGUAUUAUAUUCGUAGCAUAAGUUUAAUUGUUUAGUGUGAUGGCUACAAUGCGCUUUUUAUCGUUUUUCAAAAGCUCUACUGGUCCCCUACCUCCCCCCCCCCUCCCUCCCUCCGUCACAGUUGAGUUCUCGUUCGUAAUUUCCACUCGAGUAAUAAUUUCCACUUCGGAGUGCCUUUAGCGAACCCGACGCGGCGACGACUUCAGCUUUUGUCCACUAUAUUUUCAUACGUUUGGAUAUUUUUGUAAUGACAACAAUUUUGAUAAGCUGUGAAAAAUAAAUGUUAUAUUUAUAUAUUUAUGGACCUUAAUGCUAUGCAAUUGUUUAUUUGAAUUGAUUUAUUUUAAAUAUAAAGUACGUAAUGAUGUAAACUAGCUGUACGAAGUUAAUGAUACGGAAAGUUGAGCUUAUUCUGUGUUGUUAUCGAAUGUAAUUGAAAAUUUUAUUUUUAUUUCUUAAAUUUUAAUUUUAUUGUAUAAUUAUAAUUAACGUGCAGUCAUUAUUAGUUGUUUAAUGCGUUCGAUAUUAAGUUUAUCGACUAUAACCGUUGCAUAUCUCACUCUAAAAUUCUGAAAUUGACGAUGAAAUUAAAAAAAAAAACGUUUCCCGCGUUUACCAUAGAGGUGUAAAUCGAGGCCAUAGACAAAGGCGAGUGAGGCCGUGCGUAUGUAAAACAUUAUUUUCUUGGUCGCGUACAUACAUCUUGAUAGUUGGGAUUUUGUGAUGUUAAUAGUUCUUCGGUAAUUAGAGAUUAGUUAGGUUGUUGAUAUCGUAUUCACUGCGACUAGCGUAAGUACAUUUUUACCUAAGUAGUUACUUAUAGGAAGCCUCACACACGUCACCCUUGGAUGUAGAACGGAACUGGAAACAGAGAUACGUAAAAUACAUGAGAAAAAAAAACAGUAAUAUAAAAUUACAUACAUAACGGAACUUAAUUACCGUUAUAAGAAUAAUAAUAGUUUCACCAAAAAAAUUGUAGCUUCAUAUUUGAAAUCGAUAAAAGUUAUCUUAUUUCCUCAUUACAUCAUAAGUAUUUAUAAUGAGUAAAGACAAUAUAGAAGUUUCUUCAAACAUUACAUUACAUAAACUUCUAACGCUAAAUUAGUUGAUAAUAAACGAAAAUAUAAUGAUAAAUUACUUGGCAACAUUUAUCUAUAUACACAUAUUUAUGUAUGCCAUUUUUCGGAACAUACAGAGCAUUUAAUUACUAAUAACAUAUUACAUACGAACGCAGUCCGUCUCUGUAGAAUAUCCAGUUGUUUUGCGUGUUUAGAUCGAAAACAUUCGUUUAGUAAUAAUGAAUGUGUGAGGUACACCGUAGUUUAUCGUUUGAAACCUCAUUAGGUGAUAUAAGUUUUAAGUGAUGGACGAUUGUCGUGAUAAUAUUCAUGGUGUAGCACAAUUUGUAGCGGAUACUAAUCUGGUGAUGGCGUUAUGGCGCCAUUAUGACAACAGCAAUAAUGAUAUGUGCAUUCGUACGCGCGUGUCUAUGUGUGUGCACGCGUCACUUCUCUACGAAACAUCUGUUAGACCGAUUCGCUUUACUUUUGUUCACAUUUGUAUUUUAUAAGACUAAUGUCAUUCGUAACUUGUGUAUGUCGUAAUGAUUGUUGCAAUUGAAUGGAACAAAAGCAAAGUGAACUGUUUCUAUACCUAUGUAUAAAUACGUUUUAUCUUAAAUUAAUAUAAAUAAAUAAUAUUGACAAGUGUACGUCCAAAUUGUCCAUGUAUUAGUUAAUGUACCUAAUACAAUAUUACAUUAAUGUAAUCAUUAGCGAUAUUCUAGUACAUUUCGUGAAAGUAUCGCCACGCUGCGACGUGUCAGCGUCCGAAGCGACCCACUUAACAAUUGGAUUGAUAUCUGAAAAUACUUAUUUUUACUGUACACGUAAGUUAUUUCAUAUUUUAACUGAAUAAAUCGAAAUGGUUAUUAUA